GGAGAUGGUGGCAGUGGAUGGAGUCAGACUCUUGCCUUCCCUCCAGGCAUUUAGCAGAAAGAUGUGCAGAAGAGGAUCGAAGGAACACCAUCAAUCAACACCUGAGAAAAGAAUGGGAUAAAGAUGUUGUGCUGAAGCAUCAGCGAGAUGAAGAUGCCAAGGCCUUUGACAAGGCGCCAGACAAACUAUUUAUUUUGGAUCAGUGCAAUGACUACAAACGCUGUAAACAGUGUCAGAGAGACCCGUCCAACAAGGGCAAGACCCACUUCUGGCCCUACAACAAACACUUGCCAGGGUCUCUCAUGCUCAUGUGAAGCCAGAGUCCGGUCCUCGCCUCCCAGUUGUCUUGGGACUCCAGCAGGAUGCCACCUGGGAGCUUGCAGAGAAGAUUGUGUCUGUCCUCCCUCCUUUUGUGAAUCCGUGUGUGCCUGAUCACCCACAGCCUCACCCCAGUCCACCUGCACCCCAGAACAUAAUGUGACAGCUGUGAGGAGGAGUUAUGUAGACUCACCCUAGGGUGGAGUGCUGUCCUCCACCCCCACCCCAGACACCAGUCCAGCCUCAACCUCACAGCACCUGCUGCCAGGGUGGCAGGGGAGAAGGC